AAGGAUAGGAAAAAGAUGGGGUCUUUUGUGUCAAUUUUCAAAAAGAUGUUAGGUAAAAAAGAGAUGCGGAUAUUGAUGGUCGGCUUGGAUGCUGCUGGCAAGACAACCAUUUUGUACAAGCUAAAACUUGGAGAGAUUGUUACAACAAUUCCUACAAUAGGUUUCAAUGUAGAGACUGUUGAGUACAAGAAUAUCAGUUUUACUGUAUGGGAUGUAGGCGGUCAAGACAAAAUCAGACCAUUGUGGAGACAUUAUUUCCAGAAUACUCAAGGUUUGAUUUUUGUCGUGGAUAGUAAUGACAGAGAACGCGUCGGAGAAGCCAGAGAAGAAUUGUCGAGAAUGUUGAAUGAAGAUGAACUGAGAGAUGCCAAGGUUCUUGUAUUUGCCAAUAAGCAGGAUCUUCCCAAUGCAAUGAAUGCUGCUGAGGUGACGGAUAAGUUGGGUCUCCAUAAUUUGAGAAGUCGUGUCUGGUACAUCCAAGCUACAUGUGCUACUAGUGGUGAUGGACUGUAUGAAGGACUUGACUGGCUUUCAAAUAAUUUGAGGAAAAAUGAACUGAUCAAAAUGGGGAACAUGUUUGCUUCGCUGUUCAAGGGCCUCUUUGGGAGGUCCGAAAUGAGAAUUUUGAUGGUUGGUUUGGAUGCUGCUGGAAAGACCACAAUCUUGUACAAGUUGAAACUGGGUGAAAUUGUCACAACGAUCCCAACAAUUGGGUUCAAUGUAGAGACAGUGGAGUACAAGAACAUCAGCUUCACAGUGUGGGAUGUUGGUGGCCAAGACAAAAUUCGACCCCUUUGGAGGCAUUAUUUUCAGAACACACAAGGACUCAUUUUUGUGAUAGACAGUAAUGACAGAGAAAGAGUUGGUGAAGCAAGAGAAGAAUUGAUGAGGAUGCUGAAUGAAGAUGAACUGAGAGAUGCCAUCCUCCUUGUGUUUGCGAACAAACAGGAUCUGCCAAAUGCUAUGAAUGCUGCAGAAAUCACAGACAAGCUUGGCCUGCACUCACUUCGUAGUCGUCAAUGGUUUAUCCAGGCUACAUGUGCCACAAGUGGAGACGGCUUAUAUGAAGGACUGGAUUGGCUGUCCAAUACUCUAAAAAAGAAAUCCUCAUAAUGAGUGGUUCUAGAGGCUUUUCUUUUUAUUUUCCUUUUUUUUUUUUUUUUUUUUUUUUUUUUUUUCCCCUUUUGCAAUUUGCACAUUAUGUAUUUGGGACACUCAGAGCUAAUGAGCUGAAGCAUUAAAAUUACAAUUUGAAAUUCAGUGUUUACUUCCGAUACCAUCUUGCUUUAAGAUGAAAGCAGCUGCAUGUUUUAUUUUCGUAUCUCUUGACUGGUAGGAGUUUAGUUGUCACUGUAUCGGGUCUGAAGUGGUACACACACACAAUUUUGUUUGUGUUUUCCCAAGUACAGUGAAUGUAAAUGAAUGUGAUACUAUUUUCGCAUUUACUUUUUUUUUUCCCCUUUGUUCUUUAAGGCUCUGGAGUGCAUGCAUGAUCUGGAAUGCUAUGUAGAUAGGGGAGAAAAGUUCAUUAACCAUGUGCACAUGAUGCUUGUGAGGGGUUUGUACACGUGCUCACCACUUUUGACCUGUAUCAUCUACUGUUGUGGGAGUUUCUAUCAGGAGUUGCUUGUAUAUAUAUGAUGCAACUUGUUCAUCCAAAGGACAAAAGUGUGGGGCUUAUACAAGUUAAUUGUUUCUCAAAGUGUGUGAUUGUUGUGCGGGUUGUUGUUUUUUUCUUUGUGUUGUUGGUUUCUUUUGGGAUUGGAAGAGAUGAGGUUACUUUAUAGUACCCUACAAGAGAAGGUCGUGUGGAUUAGUCCCUGUUUCUUGUGACAUCCUCAAUCCCCACGUUAAAAUGUGCUGCAAUUGUUUGCCGUUUUCUGUGUCUGCGAGGUGACGAUUUCCUCAUCAUCAUUCGAUUAUUCAGUUUAUACAGUUGAAGACUCAAGUUAGGCUAAAUGUUGUUUUUGUUCUUCACAAUUCAUAUUUUAUAUUCAUGUGCACAUUCCAAUAGUGAACAUUUUCUCUCAUCAAAAAAAAAAAGAAAGAAAAUGCAGACUUGGUAAUCUGCGCUUUUGUCUUGCUUGGAUUCUUUGUUGUUGUUUGUUUUUUUCCUCCCCUUGAACUUGGAGUGUAAUGGUGUAUUUUGGUCAGCUGGGUUUAAUGGGAACUACUAGGGGCUUUUUUUAAAAGGGGUGGGCGUGUGUCAUUUUCUUUGUUGUCAUGUUUGUGCAAGUGAGCAACUGGAUUGUCAGUAAAUUUGUUUUCGAAGUAUGUAUUUAUUGAAACAAUCAUUUCUUGUAUGAAUGAAAUAAAACACACAAAAAAAGUCGGUACAUUUAA